AUGCGAAAAUUGAAGAAGGGUGCUGUUCCAACAUUGUUUGCCUGGACUGAUAGCACCGUGAGGCCUGCAAGGAGGUCUAUCGUCAGAGGAACUACAAGUCAUGCAACCACUGCAGUUGUUGAAGAGGAUGUCCGGCAGGUUGAUGUAAAUUCCAAUGAGUUAAGUACAGAGACGGCCCCUCCACACCCCGAUCAUGAUUAUGCUGAACUGCCCCCGCCACUGGAGGAGCAACUUAAGGAAGCCCACAAGAUCAUCAACGAUCAAGCAGAAUUAAUUGCACGUCUUCAAACCAAGCAGUUUCUCCUUUCAAGAUUCCAAGGCGAUGAUAAGAACAUCAUGUUUUUCACAGGCUUUCCUGAUUACAACACACUGAAAGCAGUGUUUAUGGCCCUACAGCCUACUGCAGAAAACAUGGUAGGGUGGAGUCAGGCACAGCGAAUAAGGCAAGCUGACGGGGAAAUUGUAAGGCAGGGGUUUAGCAUUCCUAAACUGUCCGUCAUUGACCAGUUUUUUCUAUUUCUUUGUCGUCUUAGGCAAGGUUUUCCUGAACAGGACCUUGCAGUGCGCUUUGAUGUGUCACAGUCAACUGCCCAAGUGGACAUUUCAGCCAGGAAGAGGUGA